UAAUCCAUACAAUUGUAAAAAAUAUUACUUAAUAUCACAGAGUAAUAAAGCUCAUUGAUACUACAAGUAACCAAUGCAAAUUUUAUGACUACUUUAUAGUUUCACUCGUUAACCCGUUAAUAGACGCUAUCAAUGUACACACUUCUCUCAGUGAUUCCGUUGCAUCACUAGUCGCGAAUGAUAUAUGGUCAAGGCUGCAUUGAUAUCCGCUCAAGCAUCAGUUACCAUCCAAAAGAGGCAGCAUGACUAUCGCGUUGGUAUCUCUGAUUCUUGGGGCGCUUGUAGCUCUUUACUAUUAUUUGACGCGAAAUUACAAAUAUUGGCAGAAACAUGGUGUUCCGUGCGUGGAUGGAGCCUUGCCAGGACUCGGUCACAUGCUGCCGUUGAUGUCCAUGAGAACGCACCUUGCCGAUUUCUAUGACAAGAUCUACAAGGAUAACAAAGGUCGCAGCAUGGUCGGAAUCUACGACUUUACGUCGCCGUUGUUAAUGAUUCUCGAGCCGGAGCUGGUAAAAACGGUGCUACAAACCAAUUUCUCGAGUUUCUCUGAAAACACCAUCUCCUUCGACCCCAAAGUGGAUCCGCUUGUAUCACACAAUCCCUUUGCCCUUUCCGGUGAGAAGUGGACAAACAGCAGAAAACGCAUGACUUACGCAUUUUCUAGCAUGCGGCUAAAGAUCUUGCUCGAAAGCGUUAAAAAAGUGUGCGUCGAGUUCGAGAAUUAUAUCGAAGAAAAGCUGAGCGAUGGGAAGACGGAAUUCGAAUUGAAGACCUUGUUCUCUAAGUAUACCGCACAGGUAGUAGCCGCCGCUGGUUUCGGCGUGGAUGGAUACUGUUUCGAUGACGAGAAAAAGAAUACGUCUUUCAUAAAAAUUGGAAAAGCUGUUGUUGAGCCAUCUAUGCGAAGCAUAAUCGCGUUUACGCUUACGUUCUUGAUUCCAUCAUUAAACAAAAUCUUUAAGAUGAGAUUUAUUCCCGAGCACAUCGAUCAUUUCGUCAGAACAUUGGUAGCGGACGUCUUGGAACAAAGACGAAAGGACAAAAUACCUAGGAAUGAUUUUCUCCAAUUGAUGGUCGAAUUAGAACGAGCAGAGGGCGAAAAAUUCGGCACUGAAAUGGUCGCAGGACAUGCGUUGUCAUUCAUCCUCGACGGCUAUGAGACUUCUAGCAGCACUAUGAGCUACAGCGGCUUCUAUUUGGCGAGCUACCCGAAAAUACAGGAGAAAUUACGCGAAGAGGUCAUAUCCGUACUCAGCAAAUACAAUGGUAAAAUUACUUAUGAAGGAUUGAAGGAAAUGAAGUACAUGGACCAGGUUAUUAACGAGUCAAUGAGACUGAUACAUGCAGCAGUAGUCAUGAAGAAACGGUGUACGGAAGAGUUCGAACUGAAGGGAUCUGACGGAGUUGUCUGCCGCGUACAACCCGGAAUGGAAAUUUUGAUACCAGUUCAAUCUCUGCAAAAAGAUCCUCAAUACUGGGAAAAUCCCGAGGAGUACGAUCCUGAAAGAUUCAGUCUAGAGAAAAAACGAAACAUCGAGAAAUUUGCCUUUUUACCUUUCGGAGAAGGCCCGCGUAUUUGCGUGGGUAUGAGAAUGGCUCAGUUGCAGAUGAAAGCAGGUCUAGCUACGAUUCUGAAGAAAUACAAGAUAGAAUUAUCCUCGAAGACCCAAAUUCCUUUAAAGAUGAUUCCUGGGGCUCUUUUACCAUCACCGAAAGGUGGUGUGUGGACCUAUUUUUGGAAGCUAUAAAUACAAAUAUUAUAUUUCCAUCUUCUUUAGAGUUUUCAACGUCGUAAUGUUUAAAGAAAAGAAGAAUUUUUACAUAAAAAAUCUCUUCAAAUUUGAUCAGCUUUAAUGUACUUUAUACAAAAAUAGAAAAGAUUGAAAUAUUAUAAUUAUAUUAUAAUAUCGUAUUCAAAUAGAUAUUAAUAUAAAACCUUGUAUUAUAUAAAUCAAUAAAAAAAAUUUAAUUGCUUU